UGUACACUCUAUUUUAUUCAUGUAUAUCCAUUAGAAUAGAAUAGAUACCAUUUAUUAGCCAUUUAUUGGCCUUUUAUUGUAACUGGGCCAGUCAGGCCCAAGCCUGGAAGCCCAGCCCUCUUUUCUCCUAUAAAUACUCCCUAUGGGAGCCAUGUAAAAGGGACUAAAUGGUUGAAUGGUUGAUUGGAAUUCAUUAUACAUAUCACUUUAUCUCUCUAGCUCUCCCUUCUCUCUAAGAUUAAAUAAUCUAUCAUUUGGUGCUCUCGUUGAGAGUUAGAAUAUAUCAAGUGAGAUCCUCCCGACCAAUAAUAUAUGACGUGAUAGCACCUUGGCCUUAGUUGGGGCAACAUGCACCUUCGGUCAAGGAGCAUGCCACUCAAAAAUAGGGCCGAGUCCCAAUUACCACUUCGGCCAAAUUGGAGGAAGAGGUCAUCCCUCUCCACUCAAAUACCAAGAGCCCGUUUGGAGAACUCUUUUUUCGGCUUAUCAGGCUUAUCAGCCAGCUUUUUCACCAAACACGUAACUUUUACUUUCGCGCGCUGAAUUGUGUAAUAAGCCGAAAAAGUAAGGUUGGAGUUACUUUUCUGGCUGUAUUGGCUGAAGUUACUGUAGAGGACCAUUUUAGCUAUUUUUACAUAUAAUUUUUUCUUUAAUUUAUUAAUAAAAUUUAUUUUUAAAAUAUUUUUUUCUUAAAUCAGCAGAAUCAGCCAAAACAGCCACUCCAGCCAGAAUAUCAUAAAUUUCAACAGAAUCAGCCAAAACAGCCGAUUUUGGUGCUACCAAACGGGCUCAAGUAACGUACAAAGAAAAAGAAGCAGCCUGAGUAGUAGCUGAUUCACAUCGGCCAGAGCACUCGCAUGCUUAAUAGUCUUCCCAACAUACUAGAACAAAAGGACAAGUGCAGCGGACUCCACCGACUCUCAGCUCCAGCUUGGCAGAAACAACCAGCUAGAACUCCGCACCGCGUCGGCCAGCAACACCAUCGGCCAGCAUUUGGAAUCAAUUAUCCACACGUCGGCCAAGUGCCGCCACGGCUCAAGUGAAGCAACUGGCGGCAGCCCCUCGUCUCCAACAGGUGCACCCCAUCGGCUAAACAAUUGGGAGAGGCUUGCCAUCGGCCAGUACACCAUCGGCCGGCACACGUCAACUGUCGACCCGCGCACCGGCCACCACUUCGGCUGACACCACUUCCGCCGGCACCCCAUCGGCUGGCACCCGCAUCGGCCGCCACGCAUCAGCCGGCUCUUCAUCGGCCAACAUUCAUCAGCUGUCAUCCAUCGGCCGGCACCACUUCGGCCGGCACCAAUUCGGCCGGCAACAGAUCGACGCACCGCAACGGCAGGCACUGCUUCGGCCGCGCACCGCACCGGUCAAAAAGAGGGACACCGCAUCGUCCGGACCGCAUCGUCCAAAACAGGGCCGCCUCGUCAAGCCACCUCAUCGGCCGGACCGCAUUGCCCGGACCGCAUCGGCCAAAACAGGCCACCUCGUCAAGCAACCGUAUCGUCUGGACCGCGUCGGCCAAAACAGGGUAUACCUCGGCCAGAGUGAAGGUAACCCCCUCGUCCAUAGCUCCCAUCGGCUCCAAUUCACAGACUCUUCAACCAAAUCAGGAACUCUGGGUCACCUCUGCCAAACAGGACCUCCGUCCAAACCUGCAAAAUCAGUCACCAUCGGCCAUUGGAAUCGCCUCGGGCAGAACCCAUCGGCCAUUGGCCUCGCCUCAGUCAAAACCCGGCGGCCGGCGACACAUCGCCUCGCCCAGCCUGCCUGACGAACUGACGCGUCGCAUCAGGCAGUCUCCUCGGAGAAGCAGGUCGGUUUGGCGGAGAAGAUCUCUGCCCCUUUCAUCGGCGAUCGCAGCAGGCGGCAAUCCCCAUGGCAUCUGGCGAAUAAGCCGCUUCGUCUUCUUCUCCGUUGUUCCUCACAAACGAAGGACGCACCGUCUCCUUCUCUGUAUUCCUCGCAAGCGAGCUACGCCGGGCUAAAAACUCAAAAUCAAAUCAGCAACGGGCCAGCUAUUUAAUCUCAGGAGCUGGAUUUCUUAAAGAGCAGGCCCAAUCUUAUAUUUCCCUGCUUGAAUACUAAGCAGGGCAGGCUUCGGCCCAAAUACAAGUAAGUCUCACAAACCUUUCCUCCUAUUUUAUGCAUUAAAUAUGGGGCAAAAUAGUUUUACUACUAUUCAAAAAAAAAAAAGUAUAGUUUUACUACUAUUCCGGAAAAAAUAGUUUUACUACUAUUCCAAAGAGAAAAAGAAAAAAUAGUUUUACUAUUAUUAUCAUCGCCAACAUUGCUAGCGGAUUAAAAUCCCCAAUUGGUGCGGGCCAAAGCCUUAACCUUCCGAACAUCUUUAUUUGAUGAUUCGGAUUAUAUUUGGGUCCCUUGACCUACCCCGGUUAUCUUUAUUUGAUGACCCGGGCAUCUAGAAUGAGAGUCAUCAUCGACCGCACACGACAUUAUGCCUAGAAGCGGUGCACCUCAUUCCCCUACACGCUAAUUGCGUCAUCCUAAAGCCGUUGCAAUAAACAACGCACCUAAAGCCGUCGCAAUAAACGACGCACCCAAAGCCGUUGCAAUAAACAACGCACUCAAAGCCGUUGCAAUAAACAACGCACCUAAAGCCGUCGCAAUAAACGACGCACCCAAAGCCGUUGCAAUACACAACGCACCUAAGGCCGUUGCGAUCCACAAUGCGCCUACAAAGCCGUUGCAAUAAACAACGCACCUAAAUAUCGUAUCGGCACAAGCGGUGAAACACCCAAAUCGGCCGGCGAUAUGCAGGACGAAGGACCUGUGUGCAUGGUCCAACGUCUUCAAACGGAGAAGCAUACCGCGUCGUCCGCGCGGAAACCGCAGGACGACAGGCCUGAAUUAAGGCUGAGGUUACAAAAACUCCACCCGUCAGUAAAAUUUCGCUCAGGACCACAAAGGGCGGCCGUCAAAAGACGAUGCCUAGUCCGGUCCCUCGUCGCCGAUAGACGUGGAAAGGCAAAAAAGGAUGCCACUGACACACCAAGCCGAGGGCGUAUUUACUCCCUCGCACUAAAAAAAAAAAAAAAAAAAGAGGGAAGCCGACGGACCGCGCACUUGCCGGCCUCGAGCAAUAAAAAUAAAUAAAUUCCCCAAACUUAUUAUUCAUCUCAAGACCGGCUCCCAAUGCCGAAGCUCUUGCUCCAUCAGCUUAUGAACGGCCUCCCCAACGCCGUCAUACUUUUAUAUGACGAUCGGCUCAUCAUCGCCUCGUCAUCAUCCGGAUCGGCUCAUCAUCAUCGCCAUCCGUUCUUCACGAUCGGCCCCUCGGCCACGACGUGAUGCUUUAUCUCAAGACCGGCCUCCCCAGCGCCAAGUGUCUUGAGCUAGCGACCGGGCUCGCCAUUCCCCUCACGGAUGGCGACUGUCGCUUCUACAUGACGAUCGGCUUCAUCAUCGCCUCGUCAUCAUUAUCCGGAUCGGCUCCUCAUCGCCAUCCGCACAUCACGACCGGCCUCCCAGCCUUGGCGUGAUUAUUUCUCCUCAAGACCGGCUUCUCAUUGCCAAGUGUCUUGAGUUGGCAAUCGGGCUCGCCGUCCCUUCCUGGAUGGUGACCGUUGCCUCUAUAUGACGAUCGGCUUCAUCAUCGCCUCGUCAUCAUUAUCCGGAUCGGCUCCUCAUCGCCAUCCGCACAUCACGACCGGCCUCCCAGCCUUGGCGUGAUUAUUUCUCCUCAAGACCGGCUUCGCAUUGCCAAGUGUCUUGAGUUGGCAAUCGGGCUCGCCGUCCCUUCCUGGAUGGCGACCGUUGCCUCUAUAUGACGAUCAGCCUUCACAUCGCCUCGUCAUCAUAUGUUGGACCGGCUCAUUAUCGCCGUCGUCCUUACAUCGCGUCCGGCCUCUCGGCUAAGGCGUGAUACCUUAUCUCAAGACCGGUCUUAGUCAUCCCUUCCCGGAUGGCGACCGUUGCUUGGAUCUUCGGAUCGGCUCAUCAUCAUCGCCAUCCGCACAUCGCGAUCGGCCCCCCGGCCUCGACGUGAUGAUCUAACUCAAGACCGGCUCCCUUAGCGCCAAGUGUCUUGAGCUAGCGACUGGGCUUGCUAUUCCCUUCCGGGAUAGCAACCGUCGCCUCUACAUGACGAUCGGCUCAUCUCCGCCUCGUCAUCAUCAUUAUUCGGAUCGGCUCAUCAUCAUCGCCAUCCGCACAUCACGACCGGCCUCCCAGCCUUGGUGUGAUUAUUCCUUCUCAAGACCGGCUUCUCAUCGCCAAGCGUCUUGAGUUGGCAAUCGGGCUCGCCGUCCCUUCCUGGAUGGUGACCGUUGCCUCUACAUGACGAUCGGCCUUAUCAUUGCCUCAUCAUCAUAUCUCGGACAUGCUCCUCAGCAUCUUCGUCCUCACAUCACGAUCGGGCCCUUCGGCCACGACGUAAUGCUUUAUCUCAAGACCGGCUCCCUCAGCGCCGAGUGUCUUGAUCUAGCGAUUGGGCUUGCUAUUCCCUUCCGGGAUAGCAACCGUCGCCUCUACAUGGCGAUUGGCCUAUCAUUGCCUCGUCAUCAUACAUUGGAUCGGCUUAUCAUAGUCGUCAUCCUCGCAUCGCGGUCGGCCUCUCGGCCAAGGCGCGGUACCUUAUAUCAAGACUGGUCUUAGCCGUUCCUUUACUGGGUGGCGACCAUUGCAUGGAUUUUUGGGUCGGCCCCUCAGUGCCGAUCAUGGCAGGCCCUCGGCCUCGACAUGAUCAUAUUCCCCAAGACCGGUCUCAGUUAUUCCUUCAUCAGAUGGCGACCGUUGCUUGGACGUUUGGCUCGGCCUCAUAGUGCUGACGACCUCGCAUCACGAUCGGCCCCCCGGCCUCACGUCAGCGCCAAGUGUGUUGAGCUAGCGAUCGGGCUCCCCAUCCCUUCCUGGAUGGUGACCGUCGCCUCUACAUGACGACCGGCUCAUCUCUGCCUCGUCGUCAUUAUUCGGAUCGGCUACCCAUUAUCGCCAUCCUCAUGUCACGACCGCCGCCCCGGCCUCGGCGUGAUGAUAUAUCUCAACACCGGCUUCAUCAGCGCCGAGUGUGUUGAGCUAGCGAUCAGGCUCGCCAUCCCUUCCUGGAUGGUGACUAUCGCCCCUACAUGGCGACCGGCUUAUCAUCGCCUCGUCAUUAUUAUUUUGGAUCGGCUCCUUAUCACGGCCUUCCUCACAUCACGAUCGGCCCCUAGGCCACGAUGUGAUGUCCUAUCUCCGAGACCGGCCUCUCAUUGCCGAAUGUCUUGGGUUAGCGAUCGGGCUCGCCAUCCCCUCCUGGAUGGCGACCGUUGCCUAUAUAUGAUGAUCGGCUCAGCAUUGCCUCGUCAUCGUAUCAUCAGACAGGCGUCCCACGCCCCGUCCUCAUGUUCAGACAGGCGUCCAACGCCUCGUCCGCAUAUAUUCAGACAGGCGUCCAACGCCUUGUCCCCACAUUCAGACAGGCGUCCAACGCCUCGUCCUCAUAUUCAGACAGGCGCCCAGCGCCUCAUCCUCAUAUUCAGACAGGCGUCCAACGCCUCGUCCUCAUGUUCGGAUCUAGCAAACAUCUUGCGGUCUCCGGCUCAGAGACUAAAGGAUCUCAGAUCUCAUCUAUAGGCCCCUCGGCCACAUCUUGCUCUAGCAUCUUUAUUUGAUGACGAAGGGCUCUCAUACAGGCCCAUCGGCCAUGUAUCUUGCUCCGUCAUCUUUAUUUGAUAACGAGAAGCUCAUCUAUAGGCCCCUCGGCCAUAUACCGCUCUGUCAUCUUUAUUUGAUGACGAAGAGCUCAUCUACAGGCCCAUCGGCCAUAUACCGCUCUGUCAUCUUUAUUUGAUGACGAGGAGCUCAUCUACAGGCCCAUCGGCCAUAUAUUAUUCUGUCAUCUUUAUUUGAUGGCGAAGAACUCAUCUACAGGCCCAUCGGCCAUAUAUUAUUCUGUCAUCUUUGUUUGAUGACGAAGAGCUCAUCUACAGGCCCAUCGGCCACAUAUCGUUCUGUCAUCUUUAUUUGAUGACGAGGAACUCAUCUAUAGGCCCCUAAGCCAUAUCUCGCCCCGUCGUCUUUAUUUGACGACGUGGAGCUCUUAUGCAGGCACCUCGGCCAUACAUCGCCCCGUCGUCUUUAUUUGACGAUGUGGAGCUCUUAUCCAGGCCCCUCGGCCACACAUCGCCCCUUCGUCUUUAUUUGACGACGUGGAGCUCUCAUAUAUGCCUCUCGGCCACUACCCCCAGUCAUCUUUAUUUGAUGACGUGGAGCUCACAUCGGCCCGUCGGCCUCAUAUUAUGGUCAUCUUUAUUUGAUGAACCAGACAUCAUAUUGUGGACGGUCGCUCGACCCAUCCCUUAGUCAUCUUUAUUUGAUGACUAGGACUACUGAUCAUGACGAGCUACCCACAUCUAUGGAUCGGCCUCGGCCAUCCCCUCGGCAGACGGACACCGCUGCAGCUCCACCUCUAGGCCGAAGGGCUCGCACCUUUUGCUUCGUUCUGGGGGCAUCCGAUGUACUCUUUUUCCCUCAUUAGGAUUUUUUCCCACAGGGUUUUUCCUAAUGAGGUUUUUAACGAGGCAUCGCCCCAUUGUGGAUCAAAAGGUGUCAACCCUCGGCCCCCUGUUGCAGACAUCAUCAGACAUGCAUUACUCUACUCCUCUUCACCUCGUUACACUCGCCUCAAGGAGUGGGGGACUGGGAGAGCGGGGGACUUAGCGCCUUCGCUACCAAAGAAGCAGAAAUUCAAAAUUUUUGCAAGGAUUGCCACUCGCACCGACGACAUCAUCAUAUCACAUACAUAUUCAGCUGCCACAUCGGCCAGUACAUAUACAUAGCUCCCCGGCCUCAGGACCGGUGGUGAUGGUCUCUGGCCUGCGACCUUCGGCUGAGGAUUUUCCCACAGGGUUGCCUCAGCCAGGGCUCACCGGGCGAGGCGCUUCGACGAUGAGAGCAGUUUACUCACCGGACGACGACAGAUCAGCACACAAUUCUACUCCCUUUCGCCUCGAGUACUCUCGACUCAGAGAGUGGGGGACUCCUGAUAGAGUAUAUAGACUCGGACCCCCGGGUCUCACGACUAUUGGGCCCGGACAGCGGCCCGCAUACGCUCAGUAGAUAGCAUUUAUCUGAUUGUACACUCUAUUUUAUUCAUGUAUAUCCAUUAGAAUAGAAUAGAUACCAUUUAUUAGCCAUUUAUUGGCCUUUUAUUGUAACUGGGCCAGUCAGGCCCAAGCCUGGAAGCCCAGCCCUCUUUUCUCCUAUAAAUACUCCCUAUGGGAGCCAUGUAAAAGGGACUAAAUGGUUGAAUGGUUGAUUGGAAUUCAUUAUACA